AUGAACUUCUCAGUCAACUUUGCAAAGAUCAAGCGCCAGGCUCACAGCCUCGGCCGCCACGACUCAACCAACUCGUUCAGGUACAACCCCUUCCGCCAUGUCGAUUACGGCAAUGCCCGCCGCGCAAACACCUUCCACGACGCCGAGACAGGCAGAGGUGGCUUCGCCGGCGACGGCACCGACGGCGGCGCUGUAGUGCACUCCCAGACGGCACCCGCCGACAUGUCAAGGUCACCCACCAGCGGCCACAACCCGUUCCUCAACUCAGAGGCCAGCGGCGAUGUCCCUGAUUCGCAAGCCACCAUGACGGACAGCCCCAGCAUCGGCGGCGGCCGGGCGAGCGAAAAGGAAUUUGAAGACUCGUCGCUCGUGCGGCGCAAUGUCAAGGCCAAGCAGAAUGGCACCGAGAACGGCAGUGGCAACGCCGAGCGCAAUGUCAGUGCGGACGAGCCCGAAAAGCCCAAGAAGAAGCAGCACUCGGGCUUCCUCAAGAAGAUCGAGCCCAAGGAACCCUUUACCGUGCGCAAUCAACUCCAGCGGACAUUCUUCAACUCGUGGAUCAAUGUCCUCCUCCUUGCGGCGCCGCCUGGAAUUGCCAUCAGCUACCUCGGGGUGGAUGGUCGCAUUGUCUUUGCUGUCAACUUCAUCGCCAUUGUCCCGCUUGCCGCCAUGCUCAGUUUCGCCACCGAGGAGAUUGCGCUGCGUACCGGCGAGACUGUUGGUGGCUUGAUUAAUGCCACAUUCGGAAACGCCGUUGAGCUGAUUGUCGCCAUCAUUGCGCUGACGCACAAUGAGAUCCGAGUCGUGCAGACCUCGCUGAUCGGCAGUAUCCUGUCCAACCUGCUGCUCGUGCUGGGCAUGUGCUUCUUGUUUGGCGGCAUCAACCGCAGGGAGCAGUUCUUCAACACCACGGUCGCCCAGACCGCGGCCAGUUUACUCGCGCUCGCUGUCGGCAGUCUCAUCAUCCCCACCAUUUUCUCCCUGACCCCAGGCAUCCAGGAGCACAGCGCCAGCAGUGUGCCGCCCUUGUCGCAUGGAGUCUCCGUCAUCCUGCUGAUUGUCUACAUCUGCUACCUUUUCUUCCAGCUCAAGACGCAUAGCAGCGUGUUCAACGAAGAGAGCCAAAAGGUGCCGAGCAAGCCGAUCUUCAAGAAGAGAAGCCAGGACCUGUCCGUGGCGUCCGGUGUGGCCAGGGCCGGUGCAGGACAGGCUGGAGUCCGCGAGGAGGACGGCAGUCUCAGCACCAUGAUGAUGAACCCCCACACCCACGAGUCGGAGGACGAUGACGAGGAGGAAGAGCCGCAGCUGAGCACCGCCGUCGCCUUUGCCACACUCACCAUCAGCACCGUCAUCAUUGCGUUCUGCGCCGAGGGCAUGGUUGGAGGAAUCGAGGCCAUCACUGCCACCGGUGUUAGCGAGGAGUUUGUCGGUCUUAUUCUUAUUCCCAUCGUCGGAAACGCUUGCGAACACGCCACGGCUGUCACGGUCGCCAUCAAGGACAAGAUGGACCUUGCGAUUGGUGUCGCCAUCGGCUCUUCCAUGCAGGUUGCGCUCUUCCUGAUUCCGCUGCUCGUCAUCAUCGGCUGGGGUCUCGGCAACCAGGACAUGAACCUGUCCUUUGACGAGUUCCAGGUCGCCGUCCUCUUCAUCGCCGUGCUGCUUGUCAACUAUCUGAUUGGCGACGGCAAGAGCCAUUGGCUCGAAGGCAUGCUUCUGAUCUGCUUGUAUUUCAUCAUCGCCGUCUGCUCUUGGUGUAAGUUGCCCAAACAUCUCAAGUUCAAGAAGAACGUUCUCGCUAACAUUACUCACAGGGUACCCUCCGGACUCGGACCCGUCCACUCCGGGCAUCCAGGUCAGUGGAUCGGCGAGGUCAGUCAUGUACUAAUACAAGAGUUGCGGUUACGCAUGGGGCCGGAGAUGGCCCGGGAUGGCUUGCUACUUGUUGUGCAGGCGUGA